UUCAGAUAGAAAACGUAUGAAGCCAGCAAUAUGUCUGCCAAAUUCGAAAGGCUAGAAAAAAUUGGCGAGGGUACAUAUGGCACUGUUUAUAAAGCCCGUAAUCGAGACACGCAGGCGAUUGUUGCUCUGAAACGUGUCAGACUAGAUGAAGACGAUGAAGGUGUUCCUAGCAGUGCAUUACGGGAAAUAUGUCUCCUGAAAGAACUUCGACAUGUUAACAUAGUCAGGCUUCACGACGUUCUCCAUAGUGAUAAAAAGUUGACUCUAGUUUUUGAGUUCUGCGAACAGGACCUGAAGAAGUAUUUCGACAGCCUGAACGGAGAAGCAAUGGAUCAAAAUACAGUAAAAUCGUUCUUCAAGCAGUUGUUACGAGGUUUGGCCUUCUGUCAUGAACAUAACGUUCUCCACAGGGACCUAAAACCCCAAAAUUUGUUGAUCAAUAAAGCAGGAGAGCUGAAACUAGCAGAUUUUGGCCUGGCUCGUGCUUUUGGAAUCCCAGUAAGGUGCUAUAGCUCUGAAGUGGUAACACUGUGGUACAGACCUCCAGAUGUUUUGUUUGGAGCCAAAAUUUACAACACUUCAAUAGAUGUAUGGUCGGCUGGCUGCAUAUUCGCUGAAAUGGCAAAUUCAGGAAGGCCACUUUUUCCAGGGAACGACGUUGAUGACCAAUUACGAAGAAUCUUCAAAUUACUAGGAUCACCGACUGACGAAAAUUGGCCCGGUGUUGCCAAGUUUCCAGAGUUUAAACCAUUUGGACCUUUCAACCCGUGCAAUGAUAUUAGUUCUGCAGUGCCUAAGUUGAACUCUAAAGGGGUAGAUCUCUUAGUCCAGCUUCUGGUCUGUAAUCCAAGCUUAAGACUGUCUUCAUCAGAUGCUCUAAGUCAUUCCUAUUUCGAUUGAUAUUUUCAUCAAUUGUUUGCUGCUGCCUGUUAAUUUGAGAAAUUUAUUAUCGUGUUGAAAUAAAAUAAGAUCUAUAAUUAUCGCACUGCCAGUGUUUGUAUUUAUAAUAAGCUGUUUAGAAUUUUAUUUCGUGCAUCAU